AAAAAGGACUACUUGCCCCUACCACUUUAAUUGUCCUUUUUUAUCUGCGUAAUUCUGUUAUCUAAUCUGUGAACACGAUAAUUUUAGUUGCACUAGACACAGUGUGAUACCUGUGGUGAACUUCAAAAACAUGGACUUUUAUAAUUACCUUUGUAUACUGCUUUUAGGCUUAUUUUUAAUUAAUACAGGAUACACUCAAAGUGUCACAACUGUUAUUCCAAGUGAGGAGGUGUUUAUUGAAGAUGACAACAAUCAUACUUGGACUUCACUCAAUUAUCCAAAGCCAUACCCCAUCACCAAUCAAACCACGAUAUUGAAAGUGCCCAAUGGAUAUUCCAUUGCUGUAUUUGUGGAUGACUUAGAUUUGGAUAGUGGGAGUGGGGAUUUUCUUUUACUUAAAGGAGGAGACAAAUUAAAAGACGAGAACAAAGGAGUAGUAUUUACAUACACUUUAAAAUCGGCAAGAAACUAUCUAAUUGAGCAAUCAAGUGCGUAUUUAGCAUUUCAAGUACAUGGUAACAACACUGCUCUAAAAAAAGGCUUUUCUCUGCGGUACACGCGAAAAGGUAAAGAAGUUGCAACUACUGAGACUCCAACAACUACAAUCCUAUGGCCGACUCCAGCAGCAGGUGACCAUAUGUAUUUAACAGUAAAUGUGACCGGUAAAUCACAAGAAGACUUUGGAAACGAUACCAAUUUAAUUAACUUUAAAAAUGCCAUAGCUAAUAUGGCCAUCGAAUAUUGUUCCAAGCACAAUAUUUCCUUAAGUCAAAAUAUAACAAUUAAAAAUAUUCACAUUAACACUUUGACGCGGUGUGUGUAUAACUGGCCUGAAAGCAAUAUGUGCGUAAAGAUACAACUGUCCAUUCCUGUCUUUCUUGACACCAACUCCACGUUAAAUGGAUACCAGCUGUCCUCAGGAAAUUUAGAACAAAUGUGGAGAGAUUUGGCAGACAAAUGGUUGCCGACUGUUGGGAUGCUUGUAUACCAAGAGCCUCAUAGCAAUUCUAAACUCGUAUUAUGGCUUUUAAUUAGCGGUACAAUAUUGAUAUGCGUCACUUUGGGAUUGUUCGUCGUAAAAGCUCUUAGCAGAAGUGCAUUUACAACAGCCAUCAAACACACGAAAAGAAGAUACAGUGAUACUAAAGGUAUAGUGGAAAAUGAAUUGAAGCCUAGAAAGACAUCGUUGACUCCCCAUCCGCGACAAGUAAUUCCUCCAUUUUUCGAUAAUGACACUUUCUUCCAAUACGAGCCUAAAAUGGACACAGCUCCUACUGAUUUGUAUUUCUUCAGUGAUGAUAGCGAUGAAGAUGUUCACUUCAGCAAAAACAGAAGCCAAACUUUGGAGUCAAAAACGUAACCAAUUGCUUGUGCGUUAUCUUUUAAGGUUUUUUUAAAAUUAUAUAAGAAACACUUGGGCGAUAGCCACAUGCUAGCUGUAACGUUUAUUAAAAAAUACAAUUUUGCAUUUCGAGACAAAGUGGGCGAGGAAGAAGGCAGUGUAAAGGAAGGAGUGGAGGACCCUCCCCAGAACAAAUUGCAUUAUUGGAUUCACAUGCACAUUAAAAAAAAUAUCUAUUU